UGAGCUGCGAGCUUGCUUGCUGUGGUAAACGACAGGCGGGGAAGGCUGGUCACGUGUGUCUUUGUGGCGGCGGCGUAGCUCCGGCAGGAUGAGUGGUCCUGCGCAGCGGUACGUGUACACGGCACUUGACCAGCUGAAGGCGGGCACGGUGGCCAACGUGUUCGGUGUGGUGACAUUUUUUAAACUUCCGUAUCGUAGUAAAGGGACAGAUUUUUGUUCAGUUAUUACCAUAGUGGACCAAUCUAAUGUCAAGCUGAAGUGUACAUUUUUCAGUGGAAAUCAAGAUGGACUUCCAAGUAUUUUUAAAAUUGGUGAUAUUGUUCGAUUUCAUAGAAUAAAGAUCCAAAAGUUUAACAAUGAAUUUCAAGGCAUUAGUAGUAGUGGUUUCUCAGCAUUAGUAUUUGAAGGUACUGUUGGUGCUCCUCUCAUUCCAAGGACCAGUAGUAAAUCUUACAGCUUUACAGCAGAAGACCAGAAAACUGUAGAAACCUUACGGAAUUGGCAAUUGGGGCUGCAAGGUUUUUCCAGCUCAAGACGGAAUUUAUCAAAUGUUCAGCCUGGACAGUAUUUCGAUAUGCUAUGUCAACUUGUUGGAAAAGCUGAGAUUGAUAAAGCAUCAUAUCUCCUUAAGGUUUGGGAUGGUACUAAAUUUGGUUCCCUACCUUGGAAGGUUUAUGUAGAAGAUGAAGCACUUGAAGGAGACCGAGAUUCUAUCAGUCGGCUACAGAACUUUACCAUAGACGUUCUGGUUUAUGAUAAUCAUGUGGAACUUGCAAAAUCUAUAAAGAUCGGAAGUCACAUUGUUAUUCAGAAUAUACAUGCCAAACUACACGGCACAGCCAAUGAAAACCAAGGACAUGAUACGUAUGUGGAAUUUCACCUUCAUGGGGGAACAGGUUUUGGACGAGGAAUCUCAGUGCCUCCAGAAGACGAUUCUGAUGUUAAAGAACUGCAAAAGAUCCUGGAUGCUGUAGAUGUAAAGCAGAAUCAGCCAUUAGAUCCUGAUGCAAUCACGUCAGGCAUUCAAUUAAGUCAGAUGUCACCGCCCUUUGAUGCUCUGGAGAGAUGCCAGCAGCUUUCUGUGACAGUGCUCCCAGCUCAUCAACAAUGGCAGAUAACUCCUCUCGCCUGCAUCACUAAAAACAAGGCUCCUCAGAAAUUUCGUGUAAGAGCAAGACUAAAACAUGUCCAACCCCAUCACCUGUAUCAGUCUGUUAAGCUCCACUGCAGUAAAUGUAACUCCUUAAUGGAUGCCCCAGAUGAACAAAGCCUGAACAAAAUGUUUGAAGAUCGCUUUACUAAUAGUCCAAAUACCCCAAAUGCAUUUUGGUAUCAGUCAGCAUUAUGGAACACUGGAACUCUUGAUAACCGGACUGUAGUGAUUCAUUUUGUGAAAAAAUAUGAUAUUCUGCAAAGUCCUGAAGACUCUCUAAUCAUGGUAGAAGGUGGAUCUUUCAAAGAGCUCUCUAAGUUGUCAAUUCAUUUUAACACUAUAAUACCUGUGAAAUCAAAAGAAGAGCACUUGGAAAUAGACCUCUCUGCUCCAUUUCUUAUUCAAGGCAAUAAGUGGCUUUAUGGGUGCAUUAAGUGUUCUAACAUAAAGUCACUAGAGGAGCUGCAGUCCUUAUCACUGGGAGUAGGAUGGGAUGCUGCAGAAAUAGCAAAAGUUUUGGGUGUUGAACUCUUAACACACCUUUUUGUUAUGAAUUUCACUCUUGAAGAUGAAACUGGAUCUCUAAAUGCCUAUUUGUGGCGGCAUUCCGAACAGUUCUUUCAGAUUCCUCCCUCUGAGAUACUCAUGAAUAGUGAUCUCCAGGAAAGACUUCAUAUGAUCAUGAGUACAUUGUGUCCAUCAACAAAGCAAAUUAGUGAAUAUCCCUGGAUGGAUUGUUGCAUAAGAUCAUACAAUUCUGGCCAUGGAAGCAAAGAACAAAUAUGUUAUGAGAUUUUUGACACUUUACUUUCAGAAAGAGAUUUAAACAGAUUUUUAUAAUGUGAGAUAGAUGCAGGAAGUAGAGAAUAUUUUACACUCUCUAUUAAAGGAGUUGUUCAAGAAUGGGGGGUUGGCAAACACCCCCACUUGGCCAGUUCUGUGAAGGAAAGAUUACUUACCUGCUUCCCACGCCAGCUCUCCGCUCCUUCUCCUCCAGGCCUGCAAUGCUCCGCUGGGUUCCCUCGAUGUCAACAUCUGGU